AUGAAACUCCUGCUGCUGGCUCUUCCUAUGCUUGUGCUCCUACCCCAAGUGAUCCCAGCCUAUAGUGGUGAAAAAAAAUGCUGGAACAGAUCAGGGCACUGCAGGAAACAAUGCAAAGAUGGAGAAGCAGUGAAAGAUACAUGCAAAAAUCUUCGAGCUUGCUGCGUUCCAUCCAAUGAAGACCACAGGCGAGUUCCUACGACAUCUCCCACACCCUUGAGUGACUCAACACGAGGAGUUAUUGAUGAUAUUUUAACAGUAAGGUUCACUACAGACUACUUUGAAGUAAGCAGCAAGAAAAAUAUGGUUGAAGAGUCUGAGGUGGGACAGGGAACGCAGACCUCUCUUCCAAAUGUUCACCAUAGCUCAUGA